AUGGCAUCAAUGGAUGCUCUCGGGGCCUUCACCCACAUGAAAGACAACCUCCCCGCAUGGAUCAACCGCGUAUCAGAGCUUGCAGCACACACCCACACCAGACACGAUGAAUAUGUUGAAGCCUACAGGCGUCAUGCGAGCGUCAAGUCCCGCCGACGUAAGAACAGCUCCGUUUGCUCAAUCCACACCGAUAAUCUCGUUCCGAUCGCCCAACGCAAAGAGCCCAGCUCAGAACCUUCCACAGCAGUGACACCCAACAACGCCCCCAGUCCAAGCCAACGCUCAGGCCGCAAACGAUCCUCCGAUGAGGCCCCGUCGGUCGCUUCAAAUGAAGAAUACGCAUUUGUGAGCACAAAGCACAAUGUCAUUAUCGAAUACGACGGUCACACACAGAAAACACUCGAGGCUAUUGUUCGGGAUAUUGGAGUGGCAAGGAACAACAUGCGAAGAGCGAAGAUGGCUAUGACACCGCGCACUGGUAUCCGCGCCGGCAUCCUGAACCGAGGCAUGAACUUGAACAUGGCCAGCACAACAUCGCAGGCUUCGUCGCCACUUUCGUGCGUCCGAAGCACUCGAACUGCAUCGGGGGUUGUCGGUAUUUGUGGAACUAGUGUCCUUCGGAAAGAAUCUCCCUUUGACUAUGCCGACAAGCAACUGGAACUUGCUCACGCACUUUGCGAGACGGCAGCUUCCCAAGUUCUUCGGUCGGGCGACUGCGGCACGGAGCUCGAUGGGGUGGAGGAAAAGUUCAAAAUGCUACUUGAGGCGACAAUCAACGAGGUGGACCGAAUUAUGGCCGAAAAGAAACAGCAGGAAGAACAUGAAGCACAACAAGCUGAUGGGACCGUGGAUAAUGAUGCGCCCCUUAAACCACCCCCGACUGCUUCCGCAGCGCGACUGGCCAGAGUGGCCGCAAUUGCAUCUAGCAAGCCCGCAACGACCACCGCAGGCGCCAUCGAAGUCGACGAUAAUUCCUCCCUAUCGGCCGAGUCAAUCGACCUCUCCGCAUUCAGAUCAUCCGGGAUCAGAGUGUAG